AUGGGCCAGUCCAAACACAAGAGACGUAGCGACUCCAUUGACGACUUGGAGCUGAGCGUCGAAUCUUUGCGGUUCUUGGCGCAUCAGAGAGGCCUCGACACGUCUGCGCUCAGUCAUUGGAGCGUCCGCGACGACGGGAAGCUGCUGGAUGCGGAGCAACACAAGUACCGCAGCUUGAGAGACGCGCUUCGAGCCUACACGCACCUGAUGCAGGGCGCAAUCCCGCGAGAAGACAUGUAUUACCUCGCUAUCCUAAGGAGGAAGAUGGCGGAAUUGGAGAUGCCGCUGGUGGACGGACCCAUCAGUGUCAUGAGUCUGGGCGCUGUGGUCCCGGAAGAACACUUUUACUCGAGCAAGAAGCUGUUCCCUAUUGGAUACGAGACACUGGUCAAGGUGCAGAUGACCAAGCCAUUGACUAUCGCGUUUCGGUUGCGCUGCAAAAUUGUGCAUGGCAAUAAGAAAAAGUCUCCAAUUUUCGUAGUGGAACUGGAGAAUAGCGCCGUCGAGAUCGUGUUCAGGUCGUACGUGGCGAGUAAAGCGUGGAAGAAAGCUCUGGUGCAUUUCGAGAGCUUGACAGCCGAUGAACUCGUGGCUGUAGUGAGUGGAUCGGUGUUUACAGUGGAGACUGACGUCAGUGGGAGACCUGUGGACGUGCUGACGCCUGCUAGCGGGGAGGAUGGCUUCGGUCUGCUACGAAGAAACGUCACACGGGUACUGGAAGGCCUGCAUCAAGUGCUUUGGUGUGGAGAUUAUCAAUUCUGGGAGCAGCGACAUCCCAUCACACCCGAUGUGCAUGCGAACAUUCGCUCACGACUCAAAAGUCAAAUGAAAGAUGCUCUGAAGACGCAAAACGCGAUGUCCAAGGACGCAAUUAACCGCCUAUUGUCGCAGGAAGCGUUGUUGGAAGAGCACUGCCGUGAUCCCGAGGAGACCGAGCGUGUGCUGCAGCAGAAGGAGAAGGACCAACGCGAAGCUGACAAGCGCAGCGUGCGAGAAGCUGCUCGAAAGCUGCUAGAGAUCGAAAUGAAAGCGCAAGAAGAUGCGAAGGAGGCCCAACGACGAGCUAAAGAAGACCGGAAAAACGCGAUUCUGGAGGCUAAAGUGGAAGCGGCUCGACAGAAAGAGGCUCGGAAAGAAGCCAUGCGACUGGCAAGAGAGGAGGAGAAACGAGCGCGUGAAGAAGAAAAGGAGCUAAAGCGUGCACAACGCGAGGAGGACAAACGCAAGAAGAUGGAGGAGAAGGAAAACUCGAUGAAGCGGAGGAUAGAGGAGCUACGACAACGGCGUCAGAUGCGCGAGGAACAGAAGGCGAUUCUCGAGAACGGCGUCGUGACAUCUUCAUCCCCAAGACGGUUCAGUGACUCCAGGAAGAGGAAAGCAGCUCCCGAUCCACAGUCUGUGAGGCAGCAGCACAUGGCGCUGCUGAAAUUUGUUGAAGACGAGAGAGAGCGAAGACGACAAAUCCGGUUAUGGGACAAGAGGAGCGAGGUGGAAGGCGAAGUCUGGACUCGUGUGAAAGCGCGCUACACUCAGAAGCUGAAGAGCAGCCACGCUAUGUCCAACGAUAAGCGUGCAGCCGGGGGAGACACGAAGUUCCCAGCUCAGGUGAUCUCCGCAGCGGUCGAACUGGAUUUAGUGCCGACAGAGUCUCAUGGUGAUUUGCUGUUCGUUUGGGAUUUCAUUUCGACCUUCUCGGACGUCUUGAAGCUGACGGCGCUGCCCUCGCUUGCGGUAUUUGUGGAUAUGAUGACGCUGAGUGAUGGCUCCAGUCCUGUUGGGGACGGCGACUUGGACGACGACUCUGUUGCUACCCUCUUCGCUUCGGUACAUGUUGAGCUGCUGAAGGCGCUGAUGAGGGAGUAUUUCCCGCUGCUUCAAAUGGGAAACACACUGGAAGAAUUCCAUCGUACACGACCUAUGAACGCGUUUAGCUGGCCGGAACUUGCACGCCAAGUCUGUCAAUUGGCGAUGGAGUUUAAGCAUCCUAGUCCGGAUGAACAACUGCUCAAGUCGAUCAAGGGCUCCAAGUCGUAUCGAGAUGACGCUGUGACGCAGCCACUGCGUCAGAAACUGCACCGUCGAGGAACUAAUUUGCUGAAGGGAGUGCAGUUUGAAGAAGAGAAGGAAGAAGCAGAGACUGAGACUCAUAGUCUGCCUACGACGAACUCGGUUACGUUGGCGUCAGAAGCGAGUACUGUGUCUGCUGCGUCUAGUGAUUACUACGGCGUCGUCCUGGUUGGUGGAGUAUCCAGUAAGAUCAAGAUUGGGGAGAAAGACAGCCACCUCGUCGAUGAUAAUGCUGACAGGAUUCGAGUUGGCGAUUAUCUACUGUGUGUGAACGGCCAAGAUGUCCGGGAAAUGUCGCUGGAAGACUUUGACAGUCUUGUGACUGGACUGAAGACGCCUCACGGCUUGUUAAUGUCCUCGAUUCCUCCUGCGGUGAAGAACCCCAUGAAGCACAUCGCAACGACGCGAGGCGCGACGAAGAUCAAGUGCUGUGGAUUUGUGCUCAAAGUUCUUCGAGCGAAGGAGAUCGCGGCCCCGUUUAAUCAACCAGUGGACGCGGAGCUGUAUCCGGACUACUAUUCCAGUGGAGAUAUCACGGAACCUAUGGAUUUGGGCACGAUUGCCGAGAAGAUCGAGGAUGAAGACUACGAACACGAUGAUGUCGAGUCUUUUGUGGAUGAUGUACAGCUGGUGUGGAGAAAUUGCUACACGUACAACUCGUUGAAGGCGGAAAUCUCGACGCUGGCGCAGAAGCUGUCAGUAAUAUUUGAGCGGUUGAUGAAGGAGUGGGUCUAUACGACUGUGAAUCGCCCUAUGAUCGCCGCAGAGGAAGAUAAUUGCCGCAAUUGUCAGACGAUCCACGCGAAAGGUCGAUUGCUGCUCUGUGAUCGCUGUGAUGCACCGUAUCAUACGUUCUGUCUCGAGUCGCCGCUGCUUGAGAUCCCAAAGAGCGAGUGGUUCUGUCCGACGUGUCUUGCAGACCCCUCGUUCUCACCUGAACAGUUCCAGAAGAAAGCCCGCGAUAUGGCUGUAGACUCGAGUGGCAACUCUGGCAGCAGUGAGCUCAAGGACAGCUCGCUUACGGAGCUGGAGAAGCGGCUCUUGUCUGCGAUUGAUCUUUUAUCCCAAGAAAACUACUCGAAGCUUACUGUCAGCGAUCGAUUGAAGGUGCUGAGAGUGUUGUGUGAGCUGCUUGAGGAGACGUCAGUGGUGCAGUCCGUGUAUCAUUCUCUCGAGGGAAAAGCAAGUAAUGCGAGGAGGAAACUGGGCGAAUCUCUGGCUGAUUUACAGCGCGAAUGGGACCGAUUCGUCCCACCUCGCACGUCGCACGGAGUGGAGCAGACCAAGAAGUUUAUUGUCGAUGGCGUUGAACACGAUCUAACGGAUGAUUUGUUGACGUACUUGGAGGACAAGGCCAAGGCUGAACUGGAGUCAAGACCUCUUCCCAUGCUGCCUGCAAGUGCGAAGCAAAAGGGUCGUGAGUUUGGCGAUCGAUUAUUGUCGCUGUCUGACGAACAGACCGUUAUAGAUGGAAGUGGAUUGACGCUGUCUCGACCGGUGUGUGCCUUCUGUGGCUUGGAAGAUGGAGUCUUGAACGGGUCUCUGCGUUCCUGCAAGCAGUCGCCUUUGACUGCCCAUACGACGUUGCUGAAUCAAUACGAAGUCCCGGAGCUUUUGACAGGAGAAAACGCUAUGCUGGCUGUACGUACGCUUGGAGCAAAUGAUCUCGCAACUGUGGUUCUGGAAGACACGGCAGAAGGGGGUAUCGUGUACGCCGUUAAUGACCGUGUAGUGUUUGGUAUGAGUCGCGCUGCUAUCCAAGAGCAGCUGAGGACUGCAGCACAGCCGAUUUUGUUGUAUUUGACGUCGCUGCCUGGAGAAGCUGUGCGCGCCUCCGUGUCGAUCGUCAAGUGUCACGGCCUGUCGAUGGGUCUGACGGUAGCAUCUCGUGAAUCUUUCGUCUUUGUUCAGUCUUACGACACUUCGGAAGUAGGAUUUGGCGAGCUGUCUGGCCAAGUGUUUCCAGGCGAUGUGCUGCUAAUGGUGAACAGCGUUACGACACGUGAGAAGGACGUUGCGGAGGUCGAGACCUUGCUCCGAGUGGACAACCCAUCAGACGUCAUGUACGCUGUGUUUGUGCGUCAACCAUCGACUCAGAUGAGGAAGGUGUGUGAGGAGAGACAACGUACAGUACACGACGUGUCUUCGCAGCGAGCAAGAGAGAGUACGUUCCGAGCUGGACUUGUCAUCCCGCAAGCAAGUGGCAUAACCUCGUACGAUGUCAUCUUUCAAGACGGCCCGCUUGGCUUAGCUCUGGCACUAGAACCGCGAGGCGUGGUGGUCAAGUCAUUGAACGAUCAUGCUGACGGUACGAUGGGCCAAGCCUCACUCAGUGGUCGCAUCUUACGCGGAGAUUUGGUGGAGCAAGUGAACGGUGCAACGUAUGGUAAGCUGACGGAUCUCUCGCAGUUCACUUCGUGGUUACUGGGUUUACCACGGCCGUUAAAGAUCACGUUCUCCAGACAGCCACCUACUGGAGCCAAUAGUGUGACUCCUGAGCAGGCGAACAAACUUAUGGUAGACUUGGUGGCUAACCCAUCGUUACUCUGCAAGCAGCUGAAGCUCUCUGGCCCCAGUGACGUCAAGACGUUCCGCGUUGACUCUUUCCCGCUUCCAUUUGAGGCUGAGAACCUGCUCGACAGUAUUGGUGUUAUUGCGACGAACGGCUUAGUGUACUGCGAACAGCGUCAGGAGACGACUCUAGUCACGGUUGCGGUUGGUGAUCUUAUUGUGGGACUAAACGGGAAAUCGGUGGCUGGUUUGAGCUGGGCAACCGUCAAGGCAUUGUGUGCAGAGCUGUCGUCCAUGUGUGCUGUGUAUCUGCACCUCACUCCGUUCGUCAGGCCCACGACGUCGCUGCAGGCUCACGAAUGCUGUGUCGAGAGCGCAAAUGUGGCCUGGUCAGAGUGUGGGUCAAUGCUCCCUCGAGUCGAAAAGGCAAGAGAGCUCGAGAGCUUCAUCAAGUGGCUGAUCAUUCCAAGAACUUUAGCCUUUGGCAAGUGUCGACAUGGCUACGCGUUCUACCGUUUCUUCAGUGAUCAUCAGCGUUUGUUCGUGCUGUCACCGGACAAGAAGUGGUCGGUGUGUGCCACGAAAGAGCAACUGACGCAACUUCUGGCGUACUUGGAAGAAGACUCGAGAGACGCGAAGAUUGCGACGCGGAUACGGUGGUGUUUCCAUUGGAUUCUUCACGAUGACAUGGCAAAGUUGCAGCUGCAGCAAGGGUUAUCAUGCUGUGCGUAUUCAAGCAAACACUUCCUUCGCGAUGGACCUUUUGCUAUUGAAAAGGAAGUGCUGCUUGCUAUGGACGGAGAUAUGGAAAAGUACGAGUCUCUUGUGGCGUACAACGGACGUAAAUUCUAUCUCGGAUCGUUUUAUUCGCAACAGGAGGCCGAGAACGCGUUGCAAGGUGCAGAGACUUCAAUCCAGUCGACAGGGUUCCAUGCUGUGGUGGCUGCUGAUGUACUUAGCUUACGGAAUGCCCACUUCCCUUCUCUGACAGCGCCAUACCCGAAGGCAGACAACGUGGCCAAGCGUAUCUUGUCGCGCAAGUACGAGUAUGGCAGUGUGAUGGACGGGAAAGGCGGCAUGAAGCCUAUCCCGAUAUCGCACGAGGUGUACAAUAUUGUGAAGCGUGGGCUUCGAUCGGACAAGGCGAUGAUGAAUAACGUGGGGUCCGGGAUGCAGCAAGCUGGGAUGCCGCAGAUGUCGAUGACAGGAAUGCAAGGAGAUCUCCAGUCGAAUGCUUACGCUGCCGCUCAAGCGCGUUACCAGGAGGCAUUGAAGCGGAAGUACGCGCAGACGGAAGAUCCGUACGCACGCCAGAUUGCUGAUCAGAUGAAGCGGACCCGAUAUGCAGACCCAAGCGCAGCUGCAAGAAUGCAGCAGCCUCUUGGAGCCACCAAUCCGGUUUCCUUCAAGCGCUCGCUGCAGGCUCUAGUGGACCAAGGACGAGCGAUGUUGGCAGCGUGGAACCAGUUCGCUGCGUCGGCUACUGUUCAAACUACGAACGGGUUGGCGUACGCGUGUUUGUCGAGCUUUGAAGAGGUGAAGAAGGUGGUGUCGCGUAUCGUUGUGGAUCCGAACGCGACACUUCCAGACCCAAAGACAUUCGUAUGUCUCCAUCAUGCGUUUGUGAUGGGAUUGGUGUGCGCGAUGGCUACACAGGCGCUCACAACGAGCCAGAAGGCGCAGUCGGACUCUGCGCUGGUGAAACAAGUGGCAGAUGCCUUCGCGACGGCCAUUCUCAGCUGUGUGGACCCGUCCAGUAUGCUGCGCGCACGUGCACUAAGUGGCUUUGCUAAUGCCGCGAAGAAAUGCGAGCCGGCUCAACGUGCUGCUGAUUUGUCCGUCGAGCUUCAUAACGUUGCGAACUUCGUGUUGAUGUUCUUACGGACGACGCGCUACUUGUCAGGCACUACUUUCGACGACCCCAGCAAGUGUCGACCGCUGUUCACAGCCUCCACGCCAGGCGUCGAGUCUCUGCCUGCUUCAUUCGUGCAACAAGUCAACCUUCUCGAGAACAUUCGACAGGCGUAUUACCGCAAGACGAACACAAGCAAUACUCAAGCCAGUAAUGAAGGCACUCUGGUAGACGUGGAGUUUGGAUUGGGCCCAUUGGGUGUGGUGAUUAACUAUUCGAACCGCGGAACGAUCAUCGUCACGGAGUUCUCUAACGACAACAACAUGAUGGGACAAGCUCAGGCCAGUGGCAAAGUGCAGGUGGGAGACGAGGUGUAUGCUGUGAAUGGCCAGAGGCUGGACGUCAUUGGCAUGGAAGGGUUUAAAAGAGCUGUGGGUGCUAGCAAACGCCCGCUGCGCGUGACGUUCCGGAGGCUUUCUCGCGGCGGGAACUUCCAGAACUCAGCCUCUGGACAGUUCCCUGGCAUGGGCGACGGCAUGAAUAUGUUCCCGUUCCCCGCACCAGCGAGUCAGCCAAUGGGGGACCCGUCGACACAGUUUAACCCACCGAUGCCGACAAACCUGCCUGGGUUCAUGGGUGAUAUGUCGGGACAGUCAUUCCCUGCGCCACCUAUGGGUGGCCAGAACUUCAACACGUUGCCGAACGUCUACAAUGUCGCAGCUGGACCAGGUGCGCAGUCCGCGGGAGCAUGGCAAGGUGCUGCUAAUCCGAUGCUACAGCCAUUUCCACCCGUUCCAGCGCAGAAUGGGAUGAAUAUGAAUGGCGGUGGCAAUGUGAUGCCAAUGGAACCCUUGCCGAUAAUGCCGAAUGCGUCGUCAGCAAUGAACUUUCCGUUGGCCCUGCCAACGUCUGGAGCUCCGAACUCGUUCCCGAACAACAACUCGACAGGAGAAUACGUGAAUUUUGUUGCUGGGAACGACCCUCAGUUGCCGCAGGGAGAUCCAUCGCAAGUUAAUUAUUAUGAUGCGAACGGGACGACCUUCCGUGCUGCAGGAGACUUCGAGAUCGACACACAGACGAGUGCAAUUGCUGACGUGGAUACGGAGCCUGAGUCUCCGUCAAUCUCACAAGUGACGACGCCGGGGCAAUCCGACACGGACGGCGAACGCAGCGAAGCGGAUCGACAGCGCGAUCGUGCGGAACAGCUAGCGAGAUUGACAGCAGCGUCCGAUGCACUGCAAAGCAGCUCUACAGAACCGCCGCUGCAGACUACCAGGUCAUCGCCUCGUGCUCAAACUGGUGGGAAGGAGCUCCGGCUAACGGAAGAGACAGUGUCUAGAAGAUCAUCACGAGUGUCUCGCAAGAUCACGAACAUCGCAGAUAUGUACGACCCGGAUUUCAUCAAGGCUCAUGCCAAGGGCGGAGGAAGCGGGAGCGACGUUGGGAUGGACGAGCCUACAGAUGGAGAGAUCGGAGAGCUGUCGACUGAGUUGCUGGAAAGUUUCAGUGCCACGAUCUGUCCACUGAAGAAGGACCCCCCACGCUCACUACUGCUGCUUCGAGCUCAACUCCUGUCCAUGGAGUCUGCCAUCCCACGCGACGCGUUCCGCUCGGGUCGAUGGGGACGUCCUGUACGUGCUGCAUGGGCCGAGAUGGUGUACGCGUGCGAGAAAUCGGCCGUUCUGAUGGAAGCAGUUGUGUUUUUGGAGGCUAACGUCGACCCGGAAUGGCUGGACCCAGGCUGGAAGGCGUCUCCACUCCCGUCGGCGAAGAACGCCAUCGCUACUGCAACCAUCGCGUCCGCAGCCAUGCGACUGUACUCACUAGAUGACGCGAUCUCCUAUGGACGCUUGAAACGUGGAGGGAAACGCAAGCAGCGCAACCCGUCGAGUGCCAAUUCCAGCAGACCAGGCUCGCCACAGAAGACUGCCAUCAUCAGCCAGGAGUCCAAGGCGUCCGAACCGGUCUCGGACCCGUCCGAGCUGCCAUUUGUGGGUCGGCUGUCGACCGGAUUGGUCGCGCUAGCCAACAAGAUGAUCCACAACAUGUUGGAAGCGCAGCGAGAACGCUCGUCAACUCCGUACGCCUACCGCAAGGCCAGAAGCGAAGUGGCCGCCAUCACGUCGCUCACAGACGACCAAGUGGAGCAGUGGAUUCAAGCGAGUGCAGCUCACCAGGCCCAGGCAGCGUCAGCGUCUGGACAGAGCGGGUCUGGACGCCACGCUACGCCGAAGAGGAAGCACCCAGGCUCUCAAUCUUCAAGCUCCAGUGGCCAGCGGUCGUCGUCCGGUAGGAAACGCAGAGCAACGCAAGGCUCGGGAAGUGCAGCUCCAGUCCCCGUCGUGCCUCCAGCUGAGACGCAGUAUGUAGAGCUGCGAUGCUUCCAGAUGAAGACACUGCAACACUGCUUCCCCAUGGGUAGUGCACAGGAUCUGACGCUGCGGUCACGUUUGGAACACAUCAUGGACAUGUUGCUACGGAACGAACUGGCUCUGGCGUUCUCUGCGCCCGUGAACGUGAACGAAGUGCCUGGCUACGCGGAGUUGAUCAAGAACCCCAUGGAUCUAGGCACGAUCAAGUUCCGGCUAAGUCGUGGGUUCUACGACCAGCGCUUCGAGUUGCUAGUGCACGACGUGACCCUCGUGUGGGAGAACUGCUUCACGUUCAACCGCCUGGACGCCGACAUCUCCAAGUGCGCCAACCGGCUUCGAUCCAUCUUCAACCGACUUUUUGAGCAGUGGGUCACGAAUGUGCCUCCGAACACGCCAGUGACGCAUCUGGCCUCGGAGGAAUUGUGUCGACAGUGUGGUCAGAUGAACGCGCAGGAGAGUAUGCUGCUGUGCGACAGUUGCGACGCAGCCUACCACGCCUUUUGUCUCCAGCCGCCGCUGUCGUCGAUCCCACCGGAUAAUUGGUUUUGUCCGCGAUGUCCCGUCAAAAAGUUCACUUUGUAGCUCCAGUCGCCGUGAUAUUGACAGAAAUGGGGAAUAAGUAGACCUUUUUA